AUGAAACCAGUAACAGCGUUCGCUUGUCUGAUCGUGUUGAUCUUUACGUUACAGAGCGUACUGUGUGCUUGCCCUUAUGCACAUCCGUACCCGUACCCUUUCCCAUCGCAUGAAUGUGGCCUGAACGAGGAAUAUCAAGAGUGUGGUACAGCCUGCCCUAAAAACUGUUUGGAACGCGAAGAUAGAGCUUGUACGUUGCAGUGUGUGCCAGGGUGCUUCUGUAAGCCCGGUUUCAUACGGGAAACUAAGGAAGGCAAAUGCAUUCCGGAGUGUGAGUGUCCCUGCUUCAUUUUGAUGCUGUUCAAAAACGAAACUAGUACCAUGAGGUCUACCCAAGCACAUUUAUUUUUGGCCGUCAUAGCCCUUACCCUGGGUACGGCUUACUUAGUCCCAGACGAGUGUGGUCCAAAUGAGUAUUACAGUGACUGUAUACCGACGUAUCAGCUUCACUGUGCAAGUAAAUGGGAAGUAGAUACUGUGUUUUGGUGUUUGGCCCUCGCAAUGAUUACUCUCACGAUCGUUUACGCUGAAAAGUGUGCCCCAAACGAAACAUUCGACGAGUGUGGACCUAUGAAAGAAAAGUACUGUUUCCCGUCUAAAAAGCAAAUCGCCGGAUGCUUUGCAGGAUGUUUCUGCUCACCCGGAUACAUCAGACAAUUCGAGGGAGGAGAAUGUAUACCCAGCAGCGUCUGUCCUGCAGCACUUCCUUAG